UCUUGUGGGUCAAAAUGGCUGCUUCUGGACCCGUUUUCUCCUUCUUUGGGACUCCGACAAUCACUAUUGCUAAGCUGAACUGGAAAAAUUAUCCCUCAUGGUCUGCUUCCGUGGAGCUUUGGUUUCUUGGCCAAGGACAUCAUGACCACUUGGAGAAACCUUUCGAUUCCGUUCCAAAUGACAAGAGACCUGAAUGGGAGAAGCUUGACUAUCAGCUCUGCGCUGUAUUAUGGCAAUCAGUUGAGCCGGAUAUUUUGGAAAUACUUAGAUCCUUUAAAACGUGUUGUUCUUUUUCGAAGAAGGCUCAAGAAAUCUUUGCUAACGAUAUCCAAAGUCUGUUUGACGCAACCAUGAAAGUUACAGCCCUCAAGCAAACUAGUCAUGACAUGAUCGCUCAUGUGGGUAAGGCUCGAGCUGCCAUAGAAGAGCUAAGAAAGUUCCUUGUAGCUGAUUCAUUGGAAGAAGUGAACAGGAAACUUGACAAGUUCUAUAUGGUCCUUAUUUUGAGGAGCUUACAUUCAGACUUUGAUCAUGUUCAUGAUCAAGUACUUGCUGGGGAUCAAGUUCCAUCUAUGGAUUCCCUCAUCACUAGACUUCUCCGCGUGCCUCAUUUAUUGAAGGAUGAGAAUCCUACCGAUGGUGUGGAGACGUCAGCCAUGGUUGCGUCUCGAGGAAAAGGAGGCAGCCGCAACAACAGAGGAGGUUGGAGUGAAAGGGGUGGACGUCCUCAUUGCACUUAUUGCAAGAGGAUGGGUCACACUCAAGAGAAUUGUUAUUCGUUGCAUGGGUUUCCUGACAAGGUCGCACAAGUCUCUAAAUCAAAGAAGGUAGAGUCUAGAUUUUCUGAUGAGGAGUAUCAAGAGUAUUUGAAGCUUAAAUCCGAGAAACCCAGUAACCAAGCUCAAUCCUCAUCUGUACCAUGUUUUUCAACAGCUUGUAUCUCUGAAUCCAUUGAAGGUUCUAGUCCUUGGAAACUCGACUCAGGUGCCUCUGAUCAUAUUUCUGGUAAUAAGUCCUCCUUUUCAUCCUUCUCUUUUCCAAAAAUUCUUCACCUUGUUACUGUAGCCAACGGUUCCAAAGUUGCGUCUCAAGGAAGUGGUCAAGUUUCAUUAUCUCCUUCUAUGAAAUUGAACUCUGUGUUAUUCAUUUCUCAGUGUCCUUAUAAUCUAAUUUCAUUAAGUCAGUUAACUCGUUCGUUAAAUUGUUCAGUAACCUUUACUGCUAAUUCGUUUGUUAUUCAGGAACGUGGAACGGGGCGACUGAUUGGAGAAGAACAUGAAUCACGAGGACUUUACUACUUGGAAUUGAGUCCACCUGGGCUUGUUUUGCAAUCUCAAAGCCCAAACUUUUGCAUGAUCGUCUAGGUCACCCAAGUUUACCAAAAUUGAAGAUGAU